AUGUCGAUUGCUCCUAUUAAUCCUGACAAAGCUGCUAAAAAAGAAAAGAAGAAAAAAAAGAAUGGAGGCGUCAAGAUUACACCGGAGUACAUAGAAGAACAAAGAAGAUUGGCCCAAAUCAGAAAGCAACAGAAAGCUUUAGAGAAGCAGCAGAAUGGACAGGAGCAGCCAAUAGAAGAAGCCAAAAAUGCUCAGUUCAUUAAAAGACCUAUAUUAUGGUUAGAUGACUCUCCAUCCGAGAAUGUUACAUUGAAGAUCAUGACCUACAACUUAUUGGCACAGUCACUCAUUAGAAGAAGUCUUUUUCCGACUUCUGGAGAAGCUCUAAAAUGGAAUAAUAGAUCUGCUGUCUUAUUACAAGAAAUUCAAUUUUACAACCCAGAUAUAAUGUGUUUACAAGAAGUCGACGCGAUUCAGUUCCAAAGUUUCUGGAAGUUAGAAUUUGAAAAAAUGGGGUACCACCAUGAAUAUUACAGAUAUGGUAAGAAGAAUCAUGGGGUUGCCAUAAUUUACUCGAAGAAAUAUUUCCAAAAAAGUUCGACAAUAAAAUAUAUUAACUACGAUGAUGUUGAAAGUUAUCCUGUGCAAGCUAGAACCAAGACUACUAACGUUGGCUUGGUCAUGAAGUUGGACUUUAAUGAAGGAGUUAAAUGCGGGAGGCAAGGUAUGGUUAUUGGGACUCAUCAUUUAUUCUGGCAUCCACAUGGGACAUUUGAAAGAACUAGACAAACUUAUGCUACCUUGAAGAUGUUUUUGGAAUUUUUGAAUGAUCAAAACUUGAAGGCGGAAGAUUACUAUCAUUUUUUCUGUGGUGAUUUUAAUGCUGAACCAUACCAUUCGCCUUAUUUGUCAAUGACCAGAAAGCCUGUUUAUUACGACGAUGUUGCCAAGAGUGUUAUUGAGGAAUCAGUGACGCAAAUAUUCUCUGACGGACCAGAUAAAGCCCCAGAAGAGCCUGUUGAUGAUCCAGAUAAACCAAAGUAUACUGCUGCCGCCAUUGGUGCUCCAAAAGGUGUCCCUACUACUUCCAGUGGAACGGUGAAUGCGGAAUUGAUAAAAAAUCUUAUUAAAAUCCACAAUGAAUUGCCAAUGAGGGCCAUAUCGUUGUAUUCCGUUGGAUACCAAGCAGUUCAUCCUGAAAAUAGCACUUAUAGAAAUGAGCCUGAUUUCAGUAAUUGGGCCCAUACUUGGAGAGGAUUAUUAGACUAUAUUUUUGUUAUUUCCCCUUGGGACAUCACCCUGACCAAACAUGACGUUGAUACUGUUCAGGAAUUGCAAGUAAAUGAAGGUAUCAAACUUAAAGGUCUUUUAAGAAUGCCUCCGAGAAGCGAAAUGCCAGAUGAAGGACUUCCAAGAACUGGAGACUAUGGAAGUGAUCAUUUAUGUAUGGUUGGAGUAGUAGAGCUUGUAUAG